AUGAAGUCGGGGCAAUGGGUCAAAUAUAAGAAGCCAAACAGUAUAGUAAGAAUAGAACAACACAGUGCUUAUCUAUCUUUGUCCCUGUCCAUUUUAGUUCAACUUUAAAAGAAGCUUCCGUCGUUUACUCCCAUAAACAAACCCACAAACCUCCUGUUUCUUUUUUCAUCCCCAUGGGUCAAAAAAUAUAAAGGAAAAAAAUCCACCACUAUCAGAUAGAGCAAUGGCGAGUGGUGAAGGGUAUAAGGAAGAGAUACUGGACGAAAGUAGCUAUUCAGAACUACUGUUUGCGGAUGAUGAUGACCUAGGAGGGUGUUUCAAUUUCACAUCAUCUUCUCCAAAAAUGCUCUGUUUUGGUGAUUACAGCAAAGCAUGUGAUAGUCCUCUUGUUGAAACUUGUUCUGUACAAACACCAGCACCAAAAAACCAGAAAUCUGGAGUCACAUGCACUGGAGAUUCACCCUCAGCUUGUUCAAGUAGGAACAUCAGCAAGCCCAACAAGUCCAAUAAAAAGCGAAAUGGGGCAGAGAAAGAAUCGUCUGAAAUAACAAGAGCAGUUCCUGCUGGAAAUCAGAGAAAUGGCAAGAGGACAAAGGUAGAAAAUUCAAAUGUGACAGCCCAUGCAAAGGUUAAGAAAGUGAAGCUUGGUGAAAGAAUCACAGCACUACAACAGCUUGUAUCUCCCUUUGGCAAGACAGACACGGCAUCAGUGCUGCAUGAAGCGAUGGGAUACAUCAGGUUUUUGCACGAUCAGGUUCAGGUCUUGUGUUCUCCUUACUUGCAGCAACAGCGCCUGUCUCCCUCCUUACGUGAGGGCGGAGAAAGCGGGGAAAUGGAAGAACCAAAAAAAGAGGUGUUGCUAAGGAGUAAAGGACUUUGUCUAGUCCCAAUAGAGCUCAGUAUGCAUGUAGCUGAUUCUACUCUCAACGGCGCUGAUCUUUGGUCGCCUGCCGCCAUGAUGAACAAUAAUAUAACCCGAUGAACAAUCCCUUUUACUGUUUUUGCUCUCUCCUUUUUCUUGUUUUGGUGGGGGUUUGAUAUGACAGUGUAUUGCAGCUAGGGGAAGAACCCAUUUUUGGAUAUAAAAAGACGUGAUCAAAACUAGCUAGCUAGGUAGUAUAAGUGAAAAUGACAGUAAUAGGAAGCAACUGGUUUUUGAAAGCUGAUAGAUCUCGAAGUGAAAAAAAGGAGAGAGAAUCCUUUUGUGGCAGCUGAUUUAUUGGUUGUAGAAACAUCAAGUGUAAAAGGCAACAAAGUUUGGGGUUGGAAA